AUGGAAUUUCAAAAAUAAGUAUCUCUUAUCAUACAAUCAGAAAAUCAGUUUAUUUAUUAAUCAGAAGCUUUGGAUCUCUAUUCCAUAAAAUAUUCUCCAAAUUUUGAUCAAAAUGAUUUUUUUGCAGUAGCUCGUUUUCUGAUGUAACAAUAAUAAAAAUGUCUUGAAAAUCUAACAAUAGAAACAUUAUGCAGAUCUUCUACUAAUUUAAGAAUUCAAAGAAAUUUUGGAUAUAAUAAAUUAAGGAAUAAUAUUAAAAUCAACAUCAUAAGAAAAAGUAAUUUUAAUAAAUUACAAUGUUAACUUUGGAAUUAAGUCUGA